AUGGUUUUUCCAUAUUUAUUAUUAGCAAAUGUGGUUUCAUCUGGACUCAAUCUUAUUCAUACCAUGAUAGGAGCAAGAGACCCUCAAGAAUACUAUCUUUUACCAGAACGAAUGUUACAAUUCUGGACUUAUUGGUUACAAUGGACUGAUAAACAUCUAGAAGAAAUACGCAAUUCUAUUGCAUUCUCGACUGAACAUAAUUGGUCAUUGAUGAAAUUAAAUGGUAUCGAUGAUUUUCUAUUCCUCUUCAAUCCAAAUUGUGUUCAAGAACAUCGAAUAAUUCGACUCGAUGGUCAAUUAAAUAUCAAAUCACCAACUCAACAAGGUUAUUGGUUAUUAAGUGAAAUAUAUCCGGAACACAAAUAUCUGCAACUCAUCGAAUACAAUCAAACAGUUGAUUUUCUAUUGGAUGGUCAAAGUGCUAGUGUCUUCGAAUUGAGUUUUAUCUCACGUGUUUUGAAACCAGUUGUGAUCGGAGUUAGGGGAACAGCAUUUGUUGCAAAUAAGAACAUUCUAAUGAUCAAUGGGGUCUAUGGUGAAGCCGGUACACAAACAAUCCAAACAAUAUUUGUCAUUAUGCCAGAUGAACAAAUAAUUGAAAUUGUUGUAUUGAAUGGAAAUGAGAAACGUUUUCAACAAGUAAAAGAAUUGAUCAUCUUAAUCGAUGUUCUCUCAUUUCCUGGUCAAUAUCUACCUCGUUCAGCACAAAUCAUGAAUAAUUCAAUCAUUGUCAGUGAUUUAUUAUUAUAA